CACGUGCCUAUCAAUGAAGUCAUUCAGCUACUGAGAGGGGGAUUCCGAGUAUCGAGAUAGCUACUUUACGCUGCGCAUCCCACGGUAACGCGACACCGCUGCCUACAGAAACACGCAGUCGAGAUCUCACCCGACCGUUUCACAUCUUGCUCCGAACUCCGCCGCAAUCGCGACAGCACGAUAGUCAACAAAGGGAUUUCUCCCUCGGUCGCUCAGACACGCCUAGGUCUGAUGUACUCUCACCUCCAAGCACUGGGGUGUAUAAUAUGAUCAUACAUGCGACCGAACCUUUUUCCAUCGUUUAAGUUGCCAGCCUCUGGAGCCGCCUCUAUUCGGAUCUCAGACGAAUAUCAAUAAACGCCAGGUUUUUGCGCUCGAACAGGCUCAGAGGGGGCUACGUGGUUUUUCCACAAAAAAGGUAUAUUGGGGCCUUGGAUGGUCGCCGGAAGUGUCCCUGUUAUGGCUGGGAAUACGCAGGUGUCUGCUGACCAAAGUCGGGCGAAUGGCUGCGUUGACAAUCAAGGGCCGAUAAACCCGUACGAAACAAGCCCCGACCUCCUGCCGAACGAUGAUCUAUUCCUCGCACGGAGUGUGAACUACGGUCGCUAUGCGCCUCGUGAUACCGACUUCAAGCCUCGCUACGACCAUUGGUGCGAACCGGAUCCAGAGGUGACCUCGUAUUGGGAAUGCAUCGUGAAAGAAUUGUGUACAGCAGAGAAUUCCUUGAAUGUCUCCGGGAACAGGGAGGUUUUUUCUGCUGGCAGCGUAAUCAUCCGAGUUGAUCGUGAACCUGCAAUCGGUGCAGCAGCUGAAAAGUACUCAUGCGCUAAUGCAAAUGAAGUGAGCGCUGCCAGGAAGGCAGAGGAUACGCUCAAGGAAUUGAGCAUCGGCGUACCGGUCAUAUACUUCUGUGGGACAGUAGACGGGAAGAACGUUACUGUCGAGUCCAGAGUUCCUGGCGUCACUCUAGAGGUGGCCUGGAGAUAUCUCACUAGUGAGCAAAUUGACAACUUCAAACAGCAGUGUCGUCGCAUAUCGCAGCGCCUGGGAGUCAUCGACACUCCUCCUGACCACCCUUCCUACGUUUGCAGUGGACUCAACGCGCAAUCGUCACCCGACGCCCUGGAGCCAGAAAAGAACAUACUGUUUCGUGAAAGGAAAAAGGACGAAAAGAUUUGUCUGGUCCACAACAACCUGGUCCCGUCAAAUAUUGUUGUGAGCGAUGACAAGGUGCUUGGGAUUACUGGUUGGCGACAAAGCGGGUUCUUCGGAUUUAAAAGGGCAGAUGAAAUACAUCGACGCUUUAGGAUACUAGUGGCAUCUGCAAUCCACGGAGACAAGUCCACCGAUCUACGGGCAUGGUCUGACCUCUAUGAGGGCCUUGAUGCUGCAGAUGGGGACGGCUCUGCAGAAAAGCAAGAUACUCCAGUCCCUGUGGUCAAGACUGAACCUUCGAACUCGAAUCUGGAUAGAGUUCCCCUCGAUGAGGAGGAAUCCAAGUCAGCAAUCUCCCAACUUGACGGCCCAACUGGAGAUCACCCUACUCUGAAGAACGUCGCUAGUCUCAAGAACAGGGCGUCAUCAAGAGCGUCAUCGUCUGAUCGCUCUUCUCCCGCUACGUCCACGAAGCCCGGCGCGGUCAGAAAAUCGGCUACUGCUGCAACCAAGAAAGGCACUGGGAGGAAGUCAACGGCCAAGAAGAGAAAAAUAGACAAUCUUGACAACGGGGAUGUAGAUGGCCGUCGUUCGAACACUCCUACAUCAGGUCGCACUAGCAAGGCCGCUGGGAAUAAGAAACGAAAUCCCGCGUCUGUGGCAAACUCACCUGGCCCCGAUAGCAAAAAGAAGGGCAAUAAGAACGCUGAAGUGGAGGAGGUAGAGGAGGAGGAUGAGGAAGAAGAAGAUGAAUCAGACAGCAAUGAGGUCUUCUGCAUCUGCCGCAAACCUGAUAACCACACAUGGAUGAUCGGAUGUGAUGGCGGAUGCGAGGAUUGGUUCCAUGGGAAGUGUGUAAACAUUGACCCAAGAGAUGCCGAUCUCAUUGAUAAGUACAUCUGUCCAAACUGUAAAGAGCAAGGCAAGGGAUGGACAACAUGGAAACCAAUGUGCCGGCUAAACGAAUGCCGCAAGCCCGCAAGAGUUAACCUGAACAACCCGAGCAAGUACUGUUCAGAUGGACACGGCCGGGAGUUUAUGCUACAGCGAACCAAGAAUCUCCUGGGUACUGGGCUGAAAGCCCAAAAGGGGACUUCAGCAGGCCGACUAGCAACCAAUUGCAUCCAUUCCGGCGAAGAGAACAGCCCCGUCAAUGGCUCUGGGACUGCCACGCCUGAUAGGCGAGACCCCGAUGAUCUUGGAAGUCGAGGCGGUGUCCUCACAGCAGGCGAUCUCAAAGCCGUCGUCAUGGGUGUCAGCUCCGCUAGAGAAUUUCGCAAACUCGGCGAAAGCAUUAUAUCAAUCCCCACCGAAGAGAACAAUUCGGACGCAGAAGCGAAAACAAACGACAAGAAGAUCGGUCUGGACUUCGAUGUGGAGUGGCUUACAUACUCGCCCGAUGAAGCAUCCAAGAUAGAAAAGAUACGCAAACAGCGUGACGAUCUGCUCCAUCGCAAAGAGAUGCUCCGAGCAAGGGAAAAAUUCAUGACCCUCGUGCGUCAGCGAUCCAAGAGCAUCCUGGAGCAUCUCAAGCAAACCGAUCCCAAGGGCGGAUGGAAAGACAUCUGCGGUUUCGACGUUCGACUCUCCUGGUCCGACGAGGAAUUCGACGAAUGGCGCUUAUCCGAGAUCGGUGCCAAAGCGCUCGAAGACGGCUCACCCGAAGCCCUAGCAUCCAGCUAUCCCGACGCGACCGAUGCCGACGGCGACACCGCGAUGGAUGACACAAAAGACGAGCUGGAGACCCUAUCCCGAGGCGUCUGCACGAAGAAACGCUGCGAGAGACACAAACAAUGGCUCAAAGUCCAACAACAAGAUGCUCUUUUCGAGGAGAACACACUCGCCCUGGAUCUCAGCAAAUGCGAGAAAGAGGCGCAAACUGUUGUGGAGAGAGCUGUUCUUAGGAUGUGGGCUGAAAGCGACAAUGCACAGAUUGGUGGCCAGUGAAUGAAUUCCUUCCAACCUCUGGCCUAUACAUACAUAUCCAUCCUACCUCUUUGUUUUUUUCUUUUCGCCUGUGACAAUUGACUUGACUUGGUUGAUACCCACAUUUUAUAUCCGGAAAAGCAGGAUUCGAACUGGAGUUACUUAAGCCCAACGGUGGGCUUUUUGGUGUCUGAAAAAAAAAGUUUGGAACGGGUGCAUGCUUGCAUGAUAGAUGGGGUCUCUCGAGAAUUUGUGUUUGAGUUUUUCAAAAACUCGAUGUCUGAGUAGAAUUAUAUUUCUUUUAAUCCACGGGGAUGGAAUGUGCAGAG